GUAGUUCGCAUAGCACUGUGUAGUUGGACGAACAAAUCAACCUUUGACGAAGCUCUACCAGGAUGAACCAUUGUAUAAGAACCAGACUGCUGUUGAAAAGAUUUCGGUCACAGCUGAACCGUUUGACUCGCCAGUUAUGUGAUAAAGUACCAGAUUCUCGGUCAUCAGAUGGAGUGAAUCAGAUUGAGAAUAAUAAACAAGAAGAGAGAGAGUAUAUUCCUGCAGGAGGGAAGGCCAGAAGCGUGAAAGAUGUCAUGAUGGAAGAGCUAAAGCCAGCGUUUAAAGGUCAGAUAACAAGUAUAGAAGCACCGAUACCUCGUCAUACGGAUGUCGUCAUUUUAGGAGGAGGUUUAGUUGGCACAGCAGUGGCCUACUUUCUUACACAGCACUCAUCGGGAAUGUACGAUGUUACAGUUAUAGAGAGAGAUUAUGCAUACACACGAGCAUCGUCUAUGCUUUCUGCUGGUGGUAUAAGGCAUCAGUUUACGAUACCAGAAAACGUACAGAUGUCAAUGUUUACUUCAGAAUUUCUUAAACAAUACAAAGAACAUCUCAGUGUAUAUGGCCAAGAUCCCCCUGAAGUGUGCUUCCAUCACCAAGGUUACUUGUUUUUGGCUCCUCCAGACAGAGUGGAAUUUUUAGAGAGUUGUGUAGAUAUGCAAAGAAAAUGUGGAGCAAAGACUGUGAUGCUUUCAAAGACACAACUAGCUGAGAAAUACCCAUGGCUGAAUCUUGAUGGUAUUGAAGCAGGAUCUUUAGGGACCUCAGGAGAGGGAUGGUUUGACCCCUGGCAGCUCUUGCACUCACUGAAGGCAAAAAACAUAACCAACAAUGUGAGGUAUUGUGAGGGAGAAGUGGUUAAUUUUACAUUUGAAGAAAAAGAAAGUGCGACUUCAGAUGGAAUCCAAAUGAGAAAAAAGAUUGUAGGUGUGGAUGUUGACCAUAAGAAUGGGAAGCGAUACGGUUGUGGUGCUAGCUUUUUUAUCAAUUGUGCUGGACCAUGGGCUGGCGAGAUUGCUAGAAUGGCAGAAAUAGGCGCAGGAGAGAAGGGCAAUGAGUUACCAUUACCAGUUGAACCAAGAAAGAGAUAUGUAUACACAAUACAUUGUCCAGAUGGUCCCACACUUGACACCCCUUUCCUGAUUGAUCCCUCUGGGGUGUAUUUCCGCAGAGAGGGGCUUGGAGGACAUUAUAUAUGUGGUGCUUCUCCAACUGAGGAGAAUGAACCCAACAUUAAUGAUCUGUGUGUUGACUAUGAGUUUUUCAGUGAUUAUGUAUGGCCUUCGUUAGCGAAUAGAGUUCCAGCAUUCAACAAUUCAAAGCUGAAAUCAGCGUGGGCAGGUUACUAUGACUACAAUGUAAUUGACCAGAACCUUGUUAUCGGACCUCAUCCUUACCAUCGGAACUUGGUGUUUGCUAACGGCAUGUCAGGACACGGUGUGCAACAGGCUCUUGCGAUAGGAAGGGCCAUUUAUGAACUUGUGUUUUAUUCAGAGUACCAAACAAUCGACUUGUCAAGGUUUCAUUUUGACAGGUUUAUAAACGAUUCACCACUCAGGGAACAUGCAAUUGUUUAGAAUUUUUUCAAGGGAUAUUAUUGCAAUGCUCUUUUACUAUACUUCUGGAUAUUUUGGACAUGUUAAUUGAUUGGCUUUCUUCGCCAUCCCGGUUGAAAGGUGAAAAUUGAAUAUACCAAAACUAGACAAGAUAAAAAUAGUGAAAAGUGUGAAAUGGCAAAUAUUACAGAAGCCAAAUUUGUACCAUUAUAGUUACUGAUAAAACCAUCCAAAAUUGUACCAUACCAAAAUAAACCAAAUUUAAGGUAUUAAUUCCAGACUCAGAGCAAAAAGUCACCUUGAUUUUUAGCUCACCAGUCACAUAGUGACAGGGAGAGCUUUUGUGAUCGCCCUUCGUACGUCGCCCGUCCACAAUUUCCUUGUGAACACGAUAGAGACCACAGUUCGUAUUUGAUUUUAAUCAAACUUGCACACAACUUGUAUGGGCAUAAUAUCUCGGUUCCUUUCAAAAACUGGUCAGAUCCUAUCAUGGGUUCCAGAGUUAUGGCCCCUUAAAGGGCCAAAAUUUGUUAUUUUUUGCUUGUGAACACGAUAGAGACAACAUUUUGCAAUCAACCUUAAUCAAACUUGCACACAACUUGUAUUGGCAUAAUAUCUCGGUUCCUUUCGAAAACUGGCCAGAUCCCAUCAUGGGUUCCAGAGUUAUGGCCCAUUAAAUGUCCAAAAUUUGCUAUUUUGGCUUUUGCAGCCAUAUAGAGACUUCAUUUAUGGUUUGAUUUGAUACAAACUUGCAACAUAUCUUCAACAACAAUAAAUCUUGGAUUCCAUGAUGAAUCUGUCAGAUUCAGUCAUAGGUUCUGGAGUUAUUUUAUAUCUGAUUACCUCCCCUGAUUUUAAUCAAAAUGGAUUUAUAUCAGUAAGUACUUAUAGGACUCAUUUAAAAUUUCAUUAUUGUUAUUAGUUGGACUCAGACAAUCAGGGUAGAUAACUAUGGACUUAUUUUAUGUCAAAUUACCUCCCUUUAUUUCAAAUUAAAAUGGGUAUAUCUCCAUAACUAAUGAAGAUACUGAUCUGAAAUUUCAUUUAUGCCAUCAGAUGGACUUGGACAAUCAGUGAAGAUACAUAUUGACUUUAGUUUAUGACAAAUUACCUCCCUUUAUUUUUUAUGUAAAUGAAAAUACCUAGCAGCUUCUAAUGAGAUUGGUUUGAAACGUUAUUUAUGUCUUCCAUGGUAAGAAAUUUCUACUUUUACUUCCUUUUCUAAUAUAUUGUUGUAAAGGCUUGUACUCUGUAUCUUCUACAUGAAUGCAUGAUUACCUCCCCUGAUUUUAAUAAAAAUGGAUUUAUCCCAGUAAGUAUUUAUAGGACUCAUUUGUAAUUUCAUUAUUGUCACUAGUCGGACUGAGACAAUCAGGGUAGAUAAGUUUGGGCUGAUUUUGUGUCAAAUUACCUGCCUUUGUUUCAAAUUAAAAUGGGUGUAUCUCAGUAAUCAAUGAAGAUACUGAUUUGAUAUGUCAUAUAUGCCAUCAGAUGAACUCGGACAAUCAGGGUAGAUAACUUUUGACUGAAUUUAUGACAAAUUACCUCCCUUUACUUUUUAUGUAAAUGAAUAUACCUCAGCAGCAUCUAAUGAGAUUGGUUUUAAAUGUUAUUUAAGUCUUCCAGGGUAAGGAAUAGUCAUGCUUGUACAAAAAUGCAGCAUUUGAGCCUAGGACCCUCAAACUUGCUAUGGAGAUUGGCCCUGACUAGUAUGUGAUCGAAAAAGGGACUGUUACAAGAAAAUAUUUAUCCUGAUGAUAUUCAGUGUGUAUGCCUAUGUGAUAUAUGUCAAAAUUUGAUCUUAUCAUUAAGAGCAAUGGUACUCAGGUGAGUGAUAUAGGGCCAUCAUGGCCCUCUUGUAUAUUAUUUUGACCAUAGCUCAUGAUCUUCAUCAUUUCUUUAUCACCUGACUGAUAUGGCUAAAAUGUUAAAAAAUUUGGGUAAUUUUUUGCUCCGAGUCUUACAGGUGUUACUCCCUAAGUUUGAUUACUGAACAAGGAAUAGGCAAAUUGAGUUAUAUCCCAAAAAACAGUAUCUGAGUUGUGAUAGGAGUUCAUACAAUGUUUUGGAGGAUAUUGAAUUCUCAUUGAUAAUUCUCAGUCAUUGACAUGUGAUAUAAAGUUUUCAUGUUUAAGGGAGAAUGGUUAAGUUUGUAGUAAACCAUUCAAUAAAUCUGAAGAGUAUUUUAAUAAUUAUGUCUCCCUCAAGAUUUGGUGGAGAGACAUACUGUUUUUGGUUUGAUCAUCUGUCCAUCGGUUACAAAAAAUUGUCUGCUCUGUUGUUUUUUUUUUCUUCAGAUUUUAAAAUCACUUUGCACGAAAGCUUGACAUUAUGAGAUGAUAUGCUGAAUGCAACCUUCAGUCAUGGGGGUUCAACAUCAAGGUGUUACAGUGAGCAGGGUUCAAAUUUAGCCAGAUUUUCUAUUUGCAUUUUUUCGCAAGUGUUUUUUUUUUUAACUUGCUAAAUGAAAAAACAACUUGCAUUUUCCGCGACUUGUCACUGUAUUAGAACAUUAACACAAACAUCCAUGUGACGAGUCCAGCCAAUCGUAUUUGCGCUAUAUAAAUAGUAACUUAUUAUAGAUUACCAAAAAACCCACCGGAUGCGGUAAACUUCAUCAAAAUUGGCGCAGGUACUUGUCAGCAGUUGAAAAGACAUGCGCACGGGACAUGUAUCGAGUGUAAACUUCCGUUUACGACGAAAGAUGAAAGAGUGCUCUGAAAUUCGUUCUGCAAAUGACAAUGCGCUGCAAUGACCGCGAGUUGUUAAAGAAAAAACAGUGUAAGAUAGAGAUGACCGUUAGAAAUGCACAUUAUUCGGCCAAAAAUUUUCACUCGCAAAAAAAUGCUGAUGUCUGAAAUCUCACCUCGCAGUUUGAAAUUUGCACUCGCAUUUUGCGAGUAUGCGAGCUUAAAUUCGAACCCUGGUGAGAUCAAGUAGGCAGUAUUUUAUGUCUACUCUGUAUCAUUUCACCCCUUGGAGGAUUUUAAAGUAUUUUCUCACAAAUAUUUGUCGUAAUGAGAUAGCGUCGAGAAGACAACUUUCUGACAAUUUGUUGAAGGUCAAGGUUGUGAAGUGAGAUCAGAAGUCGGAUAGGCAGUACAUGUUUUUCAUGUCCUUUCCAUACUUUUUAAGCCCCUAGGAUUUUCAAAAAACUUGUCAGAAAGCAAAUUUCAGUCUUUUCAGUUUAAGGUCAAGGUCACACAAUGAACUGAAAGGUCAGAUAGGCAGUAUUACUUGUCUACUCCAUAUCUUUUUAUCCCUUUGAAGUGUUUUCAAUAACUUGGCAGACAUGCAAAACACAGUGUUCAGUAAUGUCACUUCAAGGUCAAGGUCUUGAAGUGAGGUCAAAGGUGAGGUAGGCAGAAUGUUAUGUACACUACAUAUCUUUUUAACCCAUGAAAGGAAAUAACAUGACACAAGAGUUUGCCUUCUCUAUAUUACAAGUAUUUUGAGUCAGUAGAGCAAAGUUCUGGAAAAAGUCGUUAUGUCAAAACAGUAUUACUAAAAGAUUUCUUGUACGUCGAGACGGCAAGAAGAUUUCAUCAGUGCAAGACCAUAUCUCUGAUCCCAAAUAUGGUGGUUAUUGAUGACUUGUAAAUUAUGUUGACAGGCUGUAUGUCCAUGAAACCUGUUAUGCAUGUGAUAUAGGUUCUGUUUGAAGAUAUUAUCAAUUAUUUUUUUAUACACCCGUCUCUGAAACAGCGGGGCGUAUUAUGUGAACACCCGUGGCAGCAGGCGGGCGGUCGGCGUCCAAAGCAUUUCCGCUCUCUAAGUCGAACAGUUUUCAUCGGAUCUUCACCAAACUUGCUUACAAUGUUUGUGGGCAUAAUAUCUCAGCCAAGUUCGAUAACCAGCCAAAUCGCCCCAGGCACUCUUGGAUUAUGGCCCUUGAAUUACUCGAAAAACUGCGAAUUUAGCCUUGUCCGCACUCUAAGUCGAACAGUUUUCAUCCGAUCUUCACCAAACUUGCUGACAAUGUUUGUGGGCAUAAUAUCUCGGCCAAGUACGAUAACCACCCAAAUCUCCUCAGGCACUCUUGGAUUAUGCCCCUUGAAUUAGGCCAAGUUCGAUGACGGGCGUAUUUUGUGACAGUCUGGCACUCUUGUUGUUGUUUUAUAUAUAACCGAAUCAGAUCUCUUUGCUUUGUUAACAUGCAUUUAGAAAUGUUCUUUAUUUGUUGCUGUAUAUUCAUGAUAAUAAACAGUUGUAAAAUUCUUACUUGUUUUUUAGCUCGACUGUACAAAGUAUAUGGAGAGUAUCCUACUCAACCCGGGGUUGGCAUCGGCGUCCUUCCGCGUCCCCACCUUGGUUAAAGUUUUUUUACACUCCCGUUUUAUGCCCACGAAGGGAGGCAUAUUAGUUUUCAACUGUCCAUCCGUUCGUUCGUUCGUCACAACGUUAACUUUUUGCAUGAAGGCACUUUACUAGUGAACCACUGCACCCAGGACCUUCAAGCUUCACUAGCUGAUAGUACUUAUUGAGUACAUGACCUCUACUUCCUUUGGGGUCACCAGGUCAAAGGUCAAGGCGCUGCGGGGGCAUAUGUCACCAUAGUGACAGCUCUUGUUUCUCCUUAUCUCUGUAAUUACUUGAUGGAUUUGUUUCAAACUUAAAAUAGUUAUUCCUCAUCAUCACCCACAUCAUAUGGCACAAGGGCCAUAACUCUCACACUAAUAUUUCAUGAAUUAUCCCCCCUUUUUACUUAGAAUUUCAGGUUAAAGUUUUGAUGCACUUUCAUUCUAUCUUAAUUAUUACUAAAUGGAUUUGAUUCAAACUGAAAGUAGUUGUUCCACAUCAUCUCCCACAUCAUAUAACACAAGGUCCAUAACUCUGGUACCAAUAUUUAAUGAAAUAUCCCCCACCUUUACUUAGAAUUUCAGGUUCAAGUUUAGAUGCACUUUCACUCAAUCUCAGUUAUUACUAAAUGGAUUUGAUUCAAACUUAAAAUAGUUGUUCAACAUCAUUAUACACAUCAUAUGACACAAGAGCCAUAACUCUUGCACCAAUAUUUCAUGAAUUAUCUCCCCUUUUUACUUAGAAUUUCAGGUUAAAGUUUUGGUGCAUUUCACUCUAUCUUAGUUAUUACUAAAUGGAUUUGAUUCAAACUUAAACUAUUGUUCCACCUUACCACCCACAUCAUAUGACACAAGGUGCAUAACUCUGGCACCAAUUUUUCAUGAAUUAUCCCCUCUUUUACUUAGAAUUUAAGGUUAGUUUUGAUGCAUUUUCUCUAACCUUAGUAAUUACUAAAUGGAUUUGAUUCAAACUAGUUGUUCCACAUCAUAUGACACAAGGUGUAUAACUCUUGCACCAAUAUUUUAUGAAUUAUGCCCCCUUUUUGCUUAGAACUAUACUUAUUUAGUGUUUUGAUACACUUAAUAUCUCUUAUAACUCAAUAUUUUUGACACAGACUCAAGCUAUUGUGCAAUAUCUUCAUCCACAAUUGGAGUCAUUAAAUACUCCAGUGACAGCUCCAGCUUCCUCAGAUGUGCCCCGUUAAACUAUCCAGCAUCGAAAUAGUCAAGCGCGCUGUCUCCUGUGACAGCUCUUGUUUAAAUAUGUUUUAUACAUCUUAGUUUUAAAAAAUUGUUGCUGUUCAUUUAUACAUGUUCAUGAACAUUAUCCAAGAAAACUAACUUUUUAAGCAGGUUUUUCAAUUGAAUGUGAAAUGUUACCAUCGAGUACAUAUCUAGGUUUUCUGCCCCAAAAAUAGAAACAACUUUGCUCAGGGUAUAUCAGUUUGGAUUGAUAUAUUAAGGUGAAACUUGGUCUAUAGGUAUCUUGUAGAAAAUCUAGUGUUGGAAUUGUGUAAGAUACCUUUUGUCAAUUUGUAUUAGUGAAAAAAAAAUCCUGAAAAUAAAAAAUGGUUGCCUUUUAUUUUGUCUUUUUGUGUUCAAGAAUAUGAGCCGUGCCAUGAGAAAACCAACAUGGUGGCUUUGCGACCAGCAUGGAUCCAGACCAGCCUGCGCAUCCGCACAGUCUGGUCAGGAUCCAUGCUGUUCGCUAACAGUUUCUCUAAUUGCAAUAGGCUUUGAAAGCGAACAGUAUGGAUCCUGACCAGACUGCGCGAAUGCGCAGGCUGGUCUGGAUCCAUGCUGGUCGCAAAGCCACUAUGUUGGUUUUCUCAUGGCGCAGCUCAAAUAGUUUCUGUAAAAUUACUGGGUUUAUUUUAUCAAUUUUUGUUCAAGAAAUAGUCCAUGUAAAAAAGAAAUGUUUGUUUAUUUGUUAUUAAGAAAAUAGUUCAUGUCACUACUAAUACACAGUAAAUACUGUCGUCAAGGACUUUGAUGAAAGGAUAAAAAUUAAUAGAUUUACCUUUGAGCAAUAUUGACUUUAUUACUUACCCACAAUCCCUCACAAGCACCUUUUAAACUUUUCUGUUUUUAACAAUAGCAUAUUUAAAUAAAAAGAUUUUAAAGAUGAAUUUCAAUGGGUUUUACCACUUCUACUAACAGCUGCCAUUUCAACCGAUACAUUGUCAUAUCAUAUAAAUUUUUGCCCUUGCCAACCGUUCGCGUGACUGUUACAUCUGCACGGAAUAUAGAGAGAUCUUAUCCUUUCAUGAAAAUCCUUGCUGUCAUGGCAGUUUUUCUUCUAUUUGAAGAUUUGCAUUGUUAUUCGGAGCAGUUUUUCCCAUUAAUUAUGUAUUAUUUCUGCCAGAUAGAUGCAUUUGGAUUUGAACAAUAUAUUCUGCUAUAAAUUAUAAUGUCAUGCAUAAUUUCUGCUAGAUUGAUGCAUGUUUUGAAUACAUUUUCAUGAAAUUCUUUCAAAUUUUGCAUGAAUUUGAUAAAUAAAAUUUUCUCAAGGUAUGUACGACUUGAAAAUGGCAUAUUUUCAAUUUUGUAGCUAAAAUUGAGUUCUUAAUGACACUUUGUACUGUUUUUAUUUCCGUAAUGCUCUGAAACAGAUUUUUUUCAUUUUUACAUUGUUUUAUGCAAUUAUUAUGUUAAUCUUUAUAGUUUCUCUAGUCUAAACAUAUAACCAGUAGCCAGGGAUUUUCAAAUUUUUGUCUUGCUAAUUUGUAUAUUAUACCAAGUUACUCAAUACCUGUUUUAUCCAUUAAGCCUUAUCAUGCUGAACAUGAUUGAUUUUUCCUUUGUACCAUUUACUAUUAAAAAAAAACAGGGGGGUGCUUACCAAAAAGAUACUGACUGAAUAGCGAACAGUGCAGACCAUGAUCAGACUGCAUGGAUGACUGAUCUUGGUCUGCACUGUUUGCAAAGGCAGAAUCACUUGCCACCAACAGGCUAAAGGUUAAUGUAUUACAUGAUUGAUGUUCUUACAUUUAUAAUACACAUUGUCUUUGUUUGAAACAUUAAGAUUUAAAAAAAAAACAUUUGAAAAUUAAAAAUUGGCACUGGUCUUGUCUUCAGUAAAAGGAUAGGAUGCAACUAAGCGGUUUGAUUUAGUCUGUUUCUGAGAGAUAGAGUUAAAAAAAAAUGUCAUCCCUAUGUCUGACUGACUAUUCAAGGGGUGAUGCAUUUUGUCUUGGGUUGGACUUCACCAUGGCAGUGCAGAUACUUUAAAAUUCUGUACAUCAAGUAACAUCAGAGUGUGACGAUUACAGAUCAGUUGUGGAAAAUAUAACACUAGAAUGUGUAAAUAAAUGGCUUUAACCCUUAUCAUGCUGGACAUGAUCUGUUCCGCCUUUGUGACCAGUGUAGACCAAGAUCAGCCUGCACAUCCUUGUAGUCUGAUCACGGUCUGCAACUGUUCGCCUUUCUGUCAGUAUAUUUUUGAUAAGCACGCCUUUUAACAGUUAAUGGUAUUGUCUAAAAUGAAAGACGGACUAGUUCAUUAUAAAAAUUGAGCAGGGUAAGGGUUAAUCACAAUUUCUGGUUUCUGUAGCAGCCACUUACUGCUGGUUAAAACACAGUAUCUUCAUAAGCACAUACUCAUUUGCUUUAAGGCUGUUCAGUGCAAGUGAUACUGGAAAAUUUACUGUAAAAGUCUAAUAUUUUGCGACUAGUUUUUUUCCACGUUUUCUGAUGCGAAUUUUUUAAUUCAGGAUUCACAACAUUGGCCUUCUUGGCCAAUUAUGUCUCCCACACCACUGUGGUGGAAGACGUAUUGAUUUACUCCUGUCUUUGUGUGUGUCCGUCUGUCAGUCUGUCACAAAUCUUGUCCGCGCUCUAAGUCGAACAUUUCUCAUCCGAUCUUCACCAAACUUGAACAAAAUGUGUUUGCUAAUGAGUCCUCGGCCAAGUUUGAUAACUUGCCAAAUAGGCCCAGGCACUUCGGAAUUAUGGCCCUUGAAUUACCGAAAAUACCGAUGCCAGUGAUACAGGUCUUGGUGCAUGGUGGACUCUAAGAUACAUAAUGAAAGGCCAUUCACUCCAAAACUUACUCCAAAACUAUUAAAGGUAUAUUUUCUGAGUAAACAUUAUAUAAAGACAGACUUACUAUUCAAAUGAUUAGGCAGUUGUUUGAGACAUGCACUUUUCUCAAAAGCAGCUCUAGUAUUUAGACUGAAAUUUAGCAAUACAGAUGAAUUCGCGAAAAGGUUCAUUCGCGAAAAUAAAAGCCUUGCAAAAAAUAUACUUUACAGUACUCAACCUCAGUUACUGCUGUGCCAUUUCCUGCCAUUUAUCGAGAUAUUUUAGUGUCCUAGAUUCCAUAAAUGAUCUUUUAUUGCAUAGAUAUUACAUACAGAGACUAUACUACAGCCAUGGUUAGUGUCACAUUUUAGCCAGACUGGAUAUAUGAUACUGGCCUGUUUAUUUGACCGCUAUUUUCAACUUGAGAACAUGUUAAUUAUGGUUGUAAUAUUUAUUUCAGUACAUUUCAUGUCAAAAUGAUGUUUUAUAUAUUUUAAGUUACUGAUCAAAGGUAAACAAGUAUUUUAAACGAUAAUCAGUUUGUUAAUUGGCCUGAUUUUUCUUUUUUUUUGUCAAACCCAGGCAUUUCAUUUUCAUGUAUACAAUAGAAUAAACACCAUGUUUAUCCAGUAACAAAGCGGAUUUAUUUAAAUAAGAUUCUUAAGAUUAGCCUAAAAUGUAUGUGAUUUAUUUUGUACAAGGAUUGUUGCAGUUUUGUUUAAGAUUAUGCAACUUUAUAUUUGGCAGUACCUACAUUUUAAUUAGGUUUUUGUUGCAGUUAAUGAUGCAUUUAAUGAUGUUUUUACACGAAUAAAUUUUUUGUAAAAGAA